AUGGAUCAACGUCAACAGCAAUGGUCGACACAGUCGAGAGGGGGCAACGCCACCACCCAGUCGAGAGGGGGCAACGCCACCACCCAGUCGAGAGGGGACAACGCCACCACCCAGUCGAGAGGGGACACCCCCACCACCCAGUCGAGAGGGGGCAACGCCACCACCCAGUCGAGAGGGGACGCCCCCACCACCCAGUCGAGAGGGGACGCCCCCACCACCCAGUCGAGAGGGGACGCCCCCACCACCCAGUCGAGAGAAGGAACCCCCACCACCACCCAGUCGAGAGGGACACCCCCACCACCCAGUCGAGAGAAGGAACCCCCACCACCCAGUCGAGAGGGGAACCCCACCACCACCCAGUCGAGAGGGACACCCCCACCACCCAGUCGAGAGAAGGAACCCCCACCACCCAGUCGAGAGGGGAACCCCCACCACCAUCCAGUCGAGAGGGACACCCCCACCACCCAGUCGAGAGAAGGAACCCCCACCACCCAGUCGAGAGGGAGCACCCACACCACCCAGUCAAGAGGGUCACCCCCACCACCCAGUCAAGAGGGGGCACCCCCACCACCCAGUCAAGAGGGGCACCCCAACCACCCAGUCAAGAGGGGGCACCCCCACCACCCAGUCAAGAGGGGCACCCCCACCACCCAGUCAAGAGGGGGCACCCCCACCACCCAGUCAAGAGGGGCACCCCCACCACCCAGUCAAGAGGGGCACCCCCACCACCCAGUCAAGAGGGGGCACCCCCACCACCCAGUCAAGAGGAGGCACCCCCACCACCCAGUCAAGAGGGGGCACCCCCACCACCCAGUCAAGAGGGGGCACCCCCACCACCCAGUCAAACCCGAUUGA